AUGACAACUUGCUGCCGUAGUUUGCGCCACAGCAAGUCGGUUAGCUCGCUUGUCACAAGAGACGAAGAACGAGACAAAGUGACACUCAAUGUAAACCCGAUGACAGUGGAGGCGACCACCAGAACAUGGUUUCAUCCCUCGAAGGUUUAUAUCAUAACCGGAGGUCUGGGAGGCUUCGGUCUGGAGCUGUCGUAUUGGAUGGUUCUUCGAGGGGCCAAAAAAUUAGUGCUCACCUCAAGAACGGGUGUCCGCAGUGCUUACCAACAGUUGUAUUUGAAACGAUUCCGUAAAUUCGGUAAACUUAUCGAAGACUAUAAGAUCGAUAUCACGGUCUCGACGGUGAACGCGACCACAGAAGAGGGCGCACACAAACUGAUAGACGAGGCGUCGGGCAUCGCUCCGGUGGGCGUGGAAUCACGCGAUUGA